UCAUAGAAGUAUAUCGGGAGUUUGCUCUGUGGAAAUAAAUUCGCUAGGAGAACAUAAAAUUGGUUUAAUAUUUAAUUAAAACUAUUUUCAAUACACUAAAAGAUAUUUAAAAUCUAAAGUAAUUGUUUCUACAUCAUCUCGAUUUGAAGAUCGGUGAAAAAUGUAUGUUUUUGAGGAGUAAAUGAAUAUUGAAAAUUCUAAAUUUCACGUAGUUCGCGUUUACUUUUAUGUGCAGUCGUUCUUUAAAUUUUCCGUCUGUGCGUGUGGUGGGUGUGAGCGGGAUAGCAAAAAUGUGCGUGCGUGCGUGCGUAAAAAGUGCCAAAGUGGAAUUGAAAUACACAAAAUGGAUGAAUAAUAAAAUUAAGAAAAUAUCCAUUGAAAAACGUGAUGGAAAAGUUCAUAUGAUCAAUUAAUUAAAUUUCUUGACAAAUUAAACGUUGUCACUGAUAUCAGCGACAUAUAUAAAGGCUUGUCCUCUGCCACCUUUUCUCGUGUGAUUGAAAGUGUUUAAGAUACAAGUUCGCAGUGUUUAAUUAAAUGUGAAGAUAUGAGAAAAUUCAAAGCCAAAGGCAAUAAAGCAAACGAAGUAACAGAACAUUUUGACAAUUUGGUCACAAGCGAUUCGAGGAGGUUACUCGUCGUGUUCGGCCCAAAUGUGUGUAGAAAGUGUAGCAAGGUGCGCGGUGGUAUAGAGCAGGACAGGGCAGAGAAAAGCAAAUAAAUGAAGGCACAUCAAAAAUGUGAAUAAGAGUAUGGAGUAAAGUGUGAAAAGUGGAAAAUUUGCACAAUAAAAUUUCUUAAAAAAUCAAUAAAAAUACAAGAAGCAGAAAGUCAAGUUAAAAUAUUUGUGAAUAUAAAAAAUUAACAUGCGCAUCUAAAGAAUAAUCGAUUCUCCAACGAGCGCUACAAGCAACACAAGUUGCAAAAAAGAAGAAAGAGUUUUUGGUGUCAUCGAUUUUGCCAACCAAAGGAUUUUGAACAGCUUUUAAUUUUUCCAAUCCGAUUACAUAGUCCAAUCAAAGAUUGCGUUGGACCCGCCGCCAAUAAUGCAUUUGGAACGUGUACGUAAAUGGUCUUCGAUCCAAUAAAGGGUCUUAAGUACCAUAACACCAUCCAAGACUUUUGUCUUUGCGUUGGCGUAGGCGGGUACUGCGCUAAGCCUUCAUUCAUAGCACAAUAUGGACCCGCAUGAAUUAAAGCCUCCAGGGCCGGGUUUAUUAUCAAAUAGCACAACAAAUGUAGCGACCACCGGUCAGCAGCAACAAUUAGGAGGAAGUGGAGAGCAACUAAAUCUACCUCCACCAUCACCCCAAGCAAGUGGAACGAGUGGAAUAAAUGGUGCAAUUGGAUCAUUAACAUCUGUAUCCUCUGCAAGCGGAUCUGUCGGUAGUUGUGCUAACAAUGUUAACAUCUUCUAUAGCAAUGUCGCUGCAUCUCAUCAACAACGGCCAUCUCCAAAUAAUACUAAUAAUGAUGGUGAUUCCGAUACAGAAUCUUUAGCAAGCAUGUCAGCAAAAGCUAAAGCUGCAGCUGCAGCUGAGCAAAAUCACAAUGUCUCAGCAACUAAUGGGCACAAUUGUGGGGCAAACACAACCGUUAAUAACCUAAGCGUGAAUGCCAAACAACAAAGACAACAAAAACGACGACGCGAAAGAGCACAAAGAUUGCAGGCAGAACGAGAAAAUCGUUUUGCAAACACUGUCAAUAAUAUCCCCAACAGCGGUCUAUUGUACCACGCCAGUAGCGCAGGCAGCAUGGGCGAGGACAGCAAUAACUCUAACGGGAACUUUACGAGCAGUAGUAAUGGUAGUAAUAACGUAAUGCCUCCAACUGAUAGUAUUGCGUCGUUACUGCUCAAUCCUCCGCACUCACCUGAAUGUAAUUCUGGUUUAAUGGCUACUCCAAGUGAUAGUGAGGGAGAAUCACUAGACGAAGAUUUACUCUCAACAUCAUCUUCUUCCACUUUACUAUUACCCCGCGAUAAACCUCCACCACGACCGCCACCUCCUGUUCGAAGAAAAUUACCUCGAUCACCUGUCCUGGAAGAAGAAAUAAUUGACGGUUUCGCAAUACUGGAAUUCAAGUCUUAUGAGGAUCUAGAGUUCGCGAUAAAACUGGGUCAAAAACGAAAGGAGAAACGGUUAUCAGCGUUGGAGGAACUAACUUGCACAUAUAGCAUUGAGGAGACCAAAAUGCCAAAGAUUAUUGAUACAGGUCAGCCUCAUCCAAUACGCGGAAGUGGUGCCCUCAACCUGCCAAUGAAUAAUAUAAAGGAUGGGAGUAAUAAUAUUCGCCUACAUAGCGGCAAUGCGAACAGCACCAAUUGUCAUCCAGCACAAACUGUUACAUCAUCUACAACUGUAACAGUGCAGGAUGCGCCGUUAGAAGUUAUUGCGCCUCCAUGGAAAAGCCAAUAUCAAAAUUCAAACAAUAAUAAUGUUGGAAGUCAUAUAACUAAUAUAAAUCAAAACACGCUUAACUGCAGUAGUGCGAGUGGUAAUGUUAUUAACAACACUUUAAUCAAUACUGCUCCACCAACAACGAUGAUAUUAAAUCACAAUGGCAACAACAGUAGCAACAGCAAUAAUAAUAGUGAUGGAGCCGGAAGUAGUAGCAGUAGUAGUAGUAGUGGUAUUGCAGAAACAACCUCUAGCAACAUAAACAAUACAGAUGAGGAUGCUGUUAUGACUUCAGUCGAUGCAACAGAUGAUUGUCCAAGCGUUUUGACUGCAAUGGAUAGUGGAGCGUCAUCUGGUAGCUCUACAAUGGUCGCAAAUCCUAUAAGCGACAACUCUUCCAAAUCUAAAGAAAACAAUACAAAUAAUUCCAGAACAAGUACUGUCACUAGCGAUGUAUCGAAUGUGACAUCAGUAACGUCGCCAAUUUCUACAUUCUCAGUGCCACCACCAGCAUCACUGGUGUCAGCAAGUGCUUCUACUUCGAUAUUGGAGAAAUGUGGUAGUAGUAGUAGUAGUGCACUGGCGAACAGUGCAACACAAGUAAUUCCAGCUCAGCCGCCAGCCCCUGGACCAGCACCAAUAAGUGACGGCUACCGCAAUGCAAUGCAUUUAGAAAAUGUUAAAAUUAGUUCAAAUUCAUCAACUGCAAAUAAAUCGCCCAUGGAUGUAACUUUUGCUACUAAUAGCGGAACAAAUACAAAAUCUUCAAGUCAUUUCAUAAGUAUGGCAUCCAAUGUAUCAAACGCCACACAAUUAGGGAACAGUAACAACACCAGCAGCGGUGAAAUGGCAACCGAUAUGCGAGGAACAGUGUCUACGGCGACAGCAGCUGCGACGGUUGCGACUGCAGUGCAACAGUCUGCGCCGAAAAUUGCUCAGCCAACACCAACAAAAGAUGAAGUGUUUGAUCGCAUACGCGACGCGGGCGUCACAUGCAAAAGUAUUGGAAUGGGGCUUAAUAUCUGUGAUAAUGAUGAAAACAAGGGCUCUGAAAGGUUGGGACCUAUAGUUUUUCCUUCAACUCCUACUCAGCACAUUGCAAAUGCGACACCGAGUCCAACCACUCCACGCAAAUCAUCAGAUUAUCCACAACAAGCGACAGGGGUUAGCAUCAAAACUGAAAACAAUGAAAGUUUUCCGGCGCCAAUUGUCUCUGCGGUGUCUGGGCUGGGACCGACAGUUGGUGGUGUCGGUGGUGUCGGGAGCGGCGUACCAGGAAUGUCUCCGGUUGCGAUCGCGCAACAAAACAAAGAUAAUGUUCCAUUGGGAAAGAAUAGUAGUCAAACUACUGCUCAUUCAACCGAUGGAAUGCCACCGGGAUCAUCAGGUGUUCAUUCACCGAUGCUUCAGGCAGCAAGUUCGAGUGGGCCUCCAACACCUGUACAUACGGUUACAAUUACUACUGAAAAGCCACCGUCUGGUUCAAGUGCACAACAGCAAUUGCAGCAACAACAUAUGCAGCAACAACAUCAGCAGCAGCAACAACAUCAGCAGCAGCAGCAACAACAUCAGCAGCAGCAGCAACAGCAUCAACAGCAACAUCAACAAUUGCAUUCACCACAACAGCAACCAACGGUGGCAGGCGUUCAGCUUCAGCCGCCUAAUCUUCCGCCUCCAUUUUCCACUCCAUCGCACCAGGUAUCCGCGGAAACCAGAAAUUUGGUCCCUUCCUCGCCUGCAACACAACAUAUUGACAGCCCGUUUGUUCCGAAGCUAGCAACAAAUACAGUUGGCGCGCAUCUUGUUACGUCGCCAAUCAAUGCCUCAAUCCACGGAAAGAAUUUACCACCCACACAAGGUAACGGUGCUUCAUCGUCGGUAGCGCCGAUUUCAAUGAUGCCUGCUCCAAUUACCACUACAGUGACAUCGUCGCCGGCAAUAGGUGGUUUCGGCGUUAACAGCAGACUGGGUCCUGUACCACCUAUGCAUCAUUUACAAAGUGGAUUUUCUUCCGUAUCAGCUACAAAUUCUAGUGUUGGUGUAAAGCCGGUAGACGUGACAGGUACCUCGGAGGUGCCAAUACCAAAAAGUAUAGCCGCACCACCACCCGUGAUGAAUGGUUUCCUACCCGGUUUUAUGCCCGGUAGUGCAUCAGCGCAAAAUAGUGUUCGCAUUUCACCACACAUGGGUCAUAUGGCACCUGUGACUAGUGGUAUGCCGCCUAUUUCUGUUGUACCGUUAACAUCGACUUCGACUGCACCAACAACGGGUAUACCAGGAUCUGUUACGAAUUCCAAUGUGACAAUGUCUUUGCCAGUUACAGUGGCGGCCUCAUCAGCAUCAAUGACACCCGUAACAAUGUCCAGUAUGCCGAAGGGUCCUUACGUGGUUAGCGCAACACCGGCAAGCACGUCAAUGUCGAGUAGCGCGUCAGUGCCCAGCCACGGUAUGUUUGUGCAAGCCAAUCCAGCAAUUGCUUUACCCGGUGCACCACCAAUGUUGGGCGGUGUACCUAAUGGUAUGGCACCAAUGCUGAUACAUUCACCGUAUCGUACGCCAUACCCGGGUUAUCCAUUAUACGCGCCAUACAGCGGUCUGCCACACAGUCCCUAUCUACCGCCUGCCGUGCCAUCACCCAAUGCAUCUCCACGCACAAUUGAUACGCGUACGGGCAGAGAUAUAACACCGGUAGCACCAGCGCCUAAAGUAAUUUCGACCGGUAUGCGUCCGGUGACUCCAGUGAGCAGCUCAACGCCAGCCUCAGUGGCGUCAGUUAGCUGUAGUGGUGGCACUACGAUUGCUGCACCGCCACCGCCGGCGACUUUAUCAUCGGUCCAGAUGCCGAUGUCGGGACUGCCACCAGGUUCAGUUCCAGGCCCUGGUCUACCACCAGGCCAGCAGCCUACACAUCUCCUCCAUCAUUUACCCUAUGGCGCAAACCCACACGGACCGCCACAAUCAGUGCCAAGCAGUGCAGGGUUCCCAAUGAGUAUCGGCGCGCCAAAUAAUAGUCAUAUUUAUAGCAGUGGUGCCAAUAGUAGCGGUAAUAACACAAAUACAACAACAACAGCAUCAAUGGCAAAUGCAACGGCUUUAAGCGGUAACAGUAAUAGCAGCGGCAACAGUAAUAGCGGUGGUCACAGCAGUGGCAGUGCUGGGUCUAUGGGUGGCGGCAAUUCAACAAUACAACUGCAACGCGGUGACAGUUCCCAUUUACUACCGCCUCCACCGCCACAUAUGCUUUCGCAUCCAAAUCUACCACCACCGCCCAGUCAUGUGGCGGGUGGUCCGCACAUGGCUCCCAUGCCACAUAUGCUAAUGCAUCCACAACAUGGAAUGUUGCGCGGCAUUUCUCCCAGUACUGCCAAUGCGAAUAGCAGUAAUAAUUCUGCACUACCGUUAAUUGGUGGUCCUACUUCUUCAUCUGUGAUUCAGAGAGUUAUCUCCCCCAAAAGUGAAAACCCCAACAGAGAGCGUGAUAUUGCGUACAGUAUACCGCGCUCAGCGCCAUCUAUCAAUACUCACAGCAGCGCCAGCAACAGUACACCAACAGGUGCGCCACCAUACAUGACCACUGCAGUUAGCAGCAGCAAUGUAGGCUCAGCCAUGCCGGUGCCCUAUAGUAGUAGCUCGGUUGCCGCUUUGCAUACAAUGCAUACGCAUCCCACAACCACCAUGGCAUCUCCACAUCAGCAUAUUGCCACACCGCCUAGUCUACCCUAUCCACCAAAAAACACAAUAUGGCCCAGUUCAUCGCUGCAAUUAACACCAUCAACGACGGCGACGAACAGCACGUCAUCAACAGCGAGUUUGGCAACGAGGCCAACACCGCCGCCGGCGCCACCGCAAUCAUCAUUGAAUGUAGUUGGUGCGUCGGCGUCUUCAAGUGCUGCGGCGGCCGCUGCUGCUUCUAUGCCUGCUAACUCAGCUUCUCCCCAAACUACGCACUCUGCCUCUGGAGCCGUUUCUACAUUUCAGCCACCAUUUUUCAUUACUCCAUUGCCACCUCCUCCACCCACAGUGUCUGCGUCAGCGAUGAGCAGCAGCGCAACAACACCAUCAUCUACAUCGUUGGCGAUCUCUUCGGGAGCUGGCACGAUAGCUGGUUCAGCCGUUUCAGCGCCUAUUGGUGCUGCAACAUCUUCAUCUUCUGUAUCCGCAUCGCAAACGACGGUAACGACAGCAACUAGCACGCCAGUAACAACAGCGGCACCGCAUCCCUUCUCAGCUGAAUCUCUAUUUCAAACCAGCAAAAAUGAUCAAGCCGAUCUGUUGAGGCGCGAAUUGGAUAGCAGGUUUCUCGAUCGUUCUGGUUUGGCUGUACAACCGCCGGCACAACCACCACCCUCCACGUACUUGCGUCAGGAGCUGCACCAUCAUCAGCACCAACAUACACACCUCCAUCAGCAUCAACAGCUUAUCCCAGCCGCUUUGCCGGCCGCACUACCAGCUGCACCGCCCCCAGCACCGGCACCUAUCUUCCCGCAAUUAUUCAAAGACAUUCCAAAAAUUGCGGCCGUGGAUACGCCGUUCUAUCGCACCGGCAUUGGUUUGCCCGGUUAUCCGGGAUAUAAUUCGGGAUUGCUACAUCCAGGGCUAGGCGGAGCAACGCCUUUCAUGCCGCCCGGUCACCUAACUUCAUUCGCUCCAAAGCCGCCACCGCCAUCAUCGCCCUCCGCUAACGCCAAUGCCACGAACUCAAACAAUCCACCAACGAAUCUUGAUUCCUCUAAAUCUGCGAGGUUUACGAAAACUGGUCGUUGGAAUGCCAUGCAUGUGCGUAUCGCGUGGGAAAUUUACUAUAAUCAAAAUAAGCAAAAUCCAGAUAAGUUGGCCAAUACACAGCUCGGUGUUGCAGGCGGUAAUCCAGUGGGCAUAGCGCAAGGUGGUGCUACAUCCUCGUUGAGCGCGGCCGGUAGUGCUGGACCAUCGCCAUCUUCGUCGGUAACGUUAAGCGGCCUUAAAACAUCGCCAGCACUGUCCUUGAGUUCCGCCUCGCCACAUUUGCUGCAUCGUCCCGGUGAACUGCCACCUGGCGCUAUGGCGGCUUAUGCGGCGGGCGCUUUGCCCGGACGCUCGCCAUUCGAAACAUCGCCACUGUCGACGAGUUUCAUAGGAGCACCACCCAGUCAUAUCGGCACUGCCGUUUCGCCAUACGGACGUUAUGCUGCACCUUUUGGUUUCGGUCUAUCACAUUUCGGCUGUGAAACGUGGCGACCGCUUCAGCGUGCUGUGCCAUAUCAUCCUGGCCCUACCAGUGCGCCCAUGUGGCCACUCAAACCUGAUCCGGCACUGGAUAAUGCACGACGUGAGGCGGAGGAACGCGAGCGAGAACGAGAGCGCGAGCGUGAAAUGCGUGAACGGGAGCAACGUGAACGCGAACGGCAACGUCGUGAACGUGAAGAGCGCGAGCGUAAAGAAAAGGAAGAGAAAAUGAAACGUGAACAGCAAGAACGUGAGCGCGAACGGGAGCGUAAAGAACGUGAACGUCGUGAAUUGGAGCGGCGAGAGUUGGAACGUGAACGCAUGUUGCAACAACAACGCAUCAACGAGAGCAACAAACUAUCGCAGGCGGCAGCUGCUGCUGCUGCUAUGAACAGCACGCAACGUGAUCGUUCGCCACAUCGCAACCACAACGACCAGCUGGGCGGGCCCAGCGUUGGCGAGAUACGUAUCAAAGAGGAACACCCGCGCACCAAAGAAGAGCAAGACGCAAUACUCAUGCGUGCUUCAGCAGCUGCGCAGGCGGCGGGCGACGCACGUUAUCAUCAAUCCAUAGCGGUGGCGCAAGCUAGUGCGGCGGCAGCCGCUCAUCAUGCAUCAUUUAUGGCCGGACGACAUGGACCGCAUGGUGUCGGACCACCACCGCCACAUCUCGCACGCUCAAUGAUGCCACAGGCAUUAGGCGGACCACCAAUGUCACAUUUCGGCCCGCCCGGUCCACCCGGCUGGCCAAUGGAUCCCUACCGUGAUCCUUAUGCACCAAUGUUACGAUACAAUAUAAUGGAGGUGUUCCGUCACGAAGAAGAGCGACACAAAGUCGCACUGAGUAUGUAUGCGGCACAGUCAGCUGCUCAUUUGCGCGGUAAAGAGCCUAGCCCCAUACCGCCGCCGUCAGUGGGUGGUCCUUUAGGACCACCACCGCCACCACCACAUCAUCGUAUUCAACAGUCUCCACACCAUCAACAACCGGGUGGUGUGGCACCGCCACCCACGAUCAUCGGCAAACCGCCAACGCUCGGCGGCAUGCCACAUCCGAUUGCCGUCGAUGGACAUCACCCCACAAAGAAGGAAGAUGGCAGUCCGAAUGUAGGCGUUAGUGGUAUGCAAACAGCACCAUCGCCAUCGGCACCGGGUCGAUGAUAAAUAACAACAACUUAUACAUAAAAUGUAAAGUUGACAAACGGUGUUUGAAAGUUGCAACAUUUUGCUAAUAUUUUUGUAAAUGUGUUUUUAAUUUGUGCAAAACCUUAUUGCUUUAGCUACAGUUUCAUUUGAUUGUUGAAUAUAGUUUAGCAGCUUGUAUAAAGCCUAACUUCGUAUAUAUGUAUAUGUAUAUAUAUACGCAAUAUUUAUUCAAAAGUAAUAUAUAUGUAUAUGUAUUAAAGAUGUAAAGUUAAUAUCACGCAAGUGGUGACGUAUAUGCAGCAGAGGGACGUAACAAUUAUAAAGACUUUUGAAUAUCUUUCUAAAAAAAAGCGAUAUUCUACGAAGCAAUUCGUAGUCUCUUGCAACUGUAUAAUAUUUAAUUUUAUUGUAUAAACUAUUUAAAAACAAGUAUAAUAUUAGCAGAUGAAAUGUAUAUGAAAGGAAGAGUAUGAAAAGCAUACAUUAAAUUUGUCAAGUACAUACAUAAAUACAUAAUAACAAAUCGCAGACUCGAACUUAUGCAUACUCGAUAUAAUUUAGUGAAGUAAAUAAAACUUAAAGUAAAAAAUUCAAAUUGGAAAGUUUGCGGACAUACAGACAGCAUGUAAGAUAUUAUAGGCGACCUGUCGAAUUGAGUCGAUAACAAUUAGACGGACUUUAUAUAUAUGAAAACAUACAUAAACACACACACACACACAUACAUAUUUACAUUUGUACGUACGGACACUCAACAUGUGCAAGGAAACCUUUCAGAUAUAAAACAAAAAUAUGAAAAACGGGAAACCA